GGGACCUGUUAUAUGUAUAUAUUGAUUAGAUGUCGAUAUAUUGAGACAUGUAUGGUACGAAGUUUCAAGGUAAAUCACGUGUUUAUAUCUAUGUGGUAGACUGGUUGCAUUUCCUGUCCAUGAUCUCACUAUAAAUAUAUGUGGUAGCAUCGGGAUGAGACACAUACAAGAAAUUAAUUAAAACCUGAAUAAAUAUGGAGCCAAUAUUUUAUAUAUUUUUCUCAAUCAUUUUCGUGAUAUGGAUUACGAAAGUUGCCCUAGGGAAAAUAAGAAAUUUACCACCGAGCCCCUUCCCAUGUUUACCUAUCGUGGGUCAUCUUUACCUGCUGAGAAGCCGGCCGCUCUACCGAGCCUUAGGUAAACUCUCCGCCCACCAUGGUCCGAUGCUCAUGCUUCGCUUGGGCGCCCGCCGGGUUUUCUUAGUUUCGUCUCCGGAAGUGGUGGAGGAAUGCCUCACCACCAACGACCUUACUUUCGCCAACCGUCCCCGUCUGCUUGCCGGAAAACACCUUGGGUUGGACUACACCACCAUUAAUUGGUCAAGCCAUAAUGAUAACUGGCGUAGCCUCCGCCGCGUGGUCAGCCAUGAGCUUUUGUCAUCUUGCCAGGUACGAACCCUUAGCGCCAUUCGUGCAGAAGUGGUGCACCACCUGGUUAAGAAUGUCAUGUACCCUAGAGUAGUAAGGGACGGGAUGAUGGAGAUGAAGUCGGUGUUAUUUGAGGUGGUGCUGAAUGUGGUGAUGAUGACGAUUGCCGGGAGGAGGUGUGAUGUUGAAGGGGGAGAGGCUGGGCGGUUUAUGGAGCUUGUCCAGGAGUUGUUUAUUGUGAUGGGGGCGACCCAUGUGUCCGACUAUUUGCCAUGGUGGAAGUGGGUGGGAGGGAAACACUUAGAGAAGGAAAUGGUGACAUUAAAUGAAAAGUGGCAUGCGUUAAUGCAAGAUUUUAUAGAAGAGCAGAGAAGAAAAACCGUGGUGGAGGCGGAGGGUGGUAGCUCCGAUGAAAAGAAAAAUUUGAUUGAAUUUCUACUGAUGUCGCAACAAAAAGAACCUGAAAAUCACAGCGAUGAAGUUAUCAAUGGAUUAUUGCAGGUACUAAUAUCAGCAGGAAGCAAUACAUCGAGUGUAACAAUGGAAUGGAUGUUAUCGCUUUUGUUAAAUAAUCCUGAAGCUCUAAAGAAAGUGCAGACUGAGAUUGACAAUUGUGUUGGGGAAGAUCGUCUAGUUAACGAAUCAGAUUUGACCAACCUUCCUUAUCUUCGUUGUAUAAUAAACGAGACUAUGCGUAUAUACCCUGCUGCUCCACUCUUGUUACAUGAGUCUGCAAAGGAUUGUAUGGUGGGAGGUUACCACAUCCCAAGUGGUACAAUGCUACUGAUGAACGUGUGGGCGAUACAAAAUGAUCCAAAGAACUGGAAAGACCCUACAAUGUUUAAGCCAGAAAGAUUUCUGGAGAUUUUUGUUUUUGCAUAUCAUAGACCUUAUGAAGGAACCAUUUAG